AUGACCAACCCAGAGGAUAUUAAUUAUUCCUCUUCUUCUUCGUCCUCCUCAUCCCAUCAACAAAUGGCGGUUGAAACUCCAUCCACCUCUUCUUCCACCACCACCACCACCACCACCACCACCUCUUCUUCUUCUGAACCAAACCAAAAUAUGAUGGUUCAAGAGAAAAAACAUAAAUCAAAGGAUCAUUGGAAGAGAAUGCUUCAAGAAUUGUUGGACAAGGCUGAUAUUAAAAUAAAUGGCAAUAGGGAAUGGGAUGUAACUGUACACAACGAAUCUUUUUACAAAAGAGUGUUUGCCGAAGGUUCUCUUGGAUUGGGUGAAAGCUAUAUGGAUGGAUGGUGGGAUUGUCCGAGAAUGGAUAUUCUCUUUACAAAGAUUUUCAGAGCUGAACUCAAUCAUCAAUUACCAAAGAAUCUUGGUGAUCUCUUUAGAAUUGCCUCGAAUCGUCUCUUUAAUCAUCAAUCAAGAAAACGUGCUUGGAUCGUUGGAAAAGAGCACUAUGAUUUGGGUAAUGACCUUUUCACUCAAAUGCUUGACCCUCAUAUGCAAUACAGUUGUGGUUAUUGGAAAACAGCAACCAAUCUCAAUCAGGCUCAGGAAGAUAAAUUGAGAUUAAUCUGUGAAAAGCUCAUGUUACAACCUGGAAUGACUUUAUUGGACAUUGGUUGUGGAUGGGGAGGAUUGGCUUACUUUGCUGCCAAAAACUAUGGAGUGUCGGUGGUUGGUGUUACCAUUUCAGCUGAACAACAAAAAUUGGCACAAGAUAGAUGCAUUGGCUUAGAUGUCACAAUAGAAUUGGUAGACUAUCGUGACUUGCACCGUCAAUUUGAUAGAAUUGUUAGUGUUGGUAUGUUUGAACACGUUGGAAGUAAAAACUAUAGAACCUAUUUUGAAGUGGCCAGAAGAAACAUCAAACCAGAUGGUGUAUUUCUUUUGCAUUGUCUCGGAGUAAACACUACAAAAAUAACAAACGAUGCAUGGAUUGAAAAGUAUAUAUUCCCUAAUGGUAUUUGUCCAAGUGUUGCAUCGAUUACAUCUUCCUCUGAAGAUUAUUUUGUUGUCGAGGAUGUUCACAACUUUGGACCAGACUAUGACAAGACACUUUUGGCAUGGUAUGCAAACUUUUUAGAAGCAUAUCCAAAAUUGGAUCAACAAAAAUACAAUGCAAGAUUUAAAAGAAUGUGGACCUAUUAUUUAAAUGCAUGUGCUGGUGGUUUUAGAGGUAGAACUUUACAAUUGUGGCAAUUCCUUUUAUCUCCACAUGGAAUUGAAGGUGGUGUAAGAGUUCCUCGUUAA